GGAGACUGCCAUCCAUCUGCAAACUUCUUCCCUGUGCUCAAGGCAGAAGCGGCAAAGAAGAUGGCGGCGAAGACAAUCAUUGUGACUGGCGCUGGCCGAGGUAUCGGCCUGGCAGUAUCCCAGUACCUCUUGCAGAACUCGCACAAGGUGGUGCUGGUGGCCCGAACAGAAUCCGAGCUUGAAGCUCUCAAGAAGCAGUACCCAGCUCAAGUCGAAUAUUUGGCGGCUGACCUGACGAAGUUUGAGAAUGCUACAAAGGUCACUGAACUUGCUGUAAAGCUCGGUGGAAAGGUCGACGGAAUCGUCAUCAACCACGGGGCACUUGAGCCCAUCAAGCCCAUUGCCGACUCCGCUGUUGAUGAGUGGAAGACCAUUUACGACAUCAACUUCUUCAGCCCACUUGCCCUGGUCCAGGCCGUCAUCCCGAAACUGCGGCAGACCAAGGGUCGAAUUAUCGUCACUUCCUCUGGCGCAGCGACCAAGGGCUACAAAGCCUGGGGCCCGUACGGCUCCUCCAAGGCCGCCCUGCACUCACUCGUCCAGCACUUGGCGGUCGAGGAGAAGGACAUUGUUUCCGUGUCGCUCAGCCCGGGAAGGACGGAUACAGACAUGCAGAAGCUGUUACGAGAGCAAGGAAAGGGCUUCAUGGACGACAAGGACCAUGCUGGCUUUGUCUCUGCAUUCGAGGAGGGCAAGCUGAACCCACCCGAGGGUCCUGGGAACGUGAUUGCCAAGCUUGCGCUGGAUGGGACACUCGACUUGAGCGGCAAGUUUCUGCAGUGGAACGGUCCCGAGUUGGCUUCGUACCGCGACUGAUGUGGUUCACUAUCGAUGUAUGUCAGCGGAUAAUUCUAGCAGCAGGCGGUAGAAGAAUAUCCAGAUGCAUAGAGGAGCCUCAUUCGAAAGAUGAAAAGCAGUACAUUUUCUUCCACACGGUGAUUCAGUUUUAGCAUGGAAUGAUUUUUGUAAUCAUAGGCCCCUCCGAUGAUCUUGGAUUCCAAAGAGAAAAUGUUGUGACCGA